AUGGACGUCAACCGCAUCCUUAACCCCGCCCCGGCCGAGCAUACCCCGCCCUUCCAGAGGCGACCGCUCAACAGCCCCAAGCCACCCGUCAACCCCUGGCUGGACCCCGACAGCCGCCGAGAGCUGCGCCAGUCGCUCCACAAGUCUAGGUCGGCACAGGCAGGCGAACGCAACAUCGAGCGCCAAGGCGCGCGCGCGUACAAAGAAGCGGUACGCGACCUCAACCUACCCCCCCAUGCUAUCUCUGUCACCAACUCGUACAAUACGAACGGCGGCCCGCAGCGCACCCAGCGCUCAUCCACGCGCUUCAACCCCGUCGACCCCACCCCGGCGAAGAACCAAGGCGCCACCAGGAACGCGUUCGCGCUCCUUCCCGUCGACGAGCUGCCCGACGAGGACGAGUCCCUUCCCCCCUACGAGAGGCCACUCGCCGCGUCCCCAACCUUGCUGGCGAAGGCGGCCAACAGCGCCCUCGACCGCGUACUGGCGCGGAGCGACAAGAACGCUCGCGAAGCCACCGGCCCGCGCUCAUCACCAAUCACAUCCCACCACGUCGGCGAGCCCACUGACCCGAAACCGUCGGAUAGCGGUGACGGGGUAGGCGGCGCGACGGGCAACGCUGCCGCCGGGCCGCCGCCGGGCUACACCAACCCGGAGCAGAGGCAACCCGGCCCGAUGGAUGAAGACGACGCUAACGAAGAGGAGGUCGAAGAGGAGAUAAACGAAGAGGAGGGCGAAGCCGAAGAAGAAGAAGACGACCCGAACGCCUCCGACUUCGACGAGGAGGAGGAACACCCGGAAGAAGAUGAGGCGCACAAUCGCGGUCCGCCGGCGUGCAUCCCCCGCAACGACCCGGACGCUCCCGUAAUCGACUUCGCUGACCCCUAUGCCAUCCAGCGGCGCUGGGGCCAUGACAAGGACGUCAACGCUUGGCGCGAGUUUAUCCAAUCUAACGGCGAGAACGUUUUCUUCGUCGACGUAUACGACGAACAGCCCACGUCGAGCGACAACACCGUUCGAAGCCGCACCAACAAGGUCAUCGAAGGGCUUGCAAUCGCGCGCCAGGGACAGGACAACAUAUACAACCGCCUCGUCGUCGACCCACCGACCUACGGCUUUCACUCGUACGCAGUCUGGGGCUGCCGGCCCGACGAGGUAGACUGGUUCGUCAAGCAUAUCGCCAUCACCGCAAACCCGGAAGGCGACGACCCGAUAACCUUCAUCGUGCAUCCCAAUAAGCUCCUCAACAAGGGCCGCAGCCUCAUCGGGCAGCUUAUUAACGCAGACAAGCGCUCGACGAAAAGCGAGAUCCUAGCCCACGUCCGAGGGAUCAUCUGCGGUGCCAUCGUUAUCAAGGAGAUCAUCGCGACAUCCCAGGACCCCGACGCCAAACACCAAGAGAUACACAACUCGAUCUCGGUCCGUAAAGUCGACUGCAAGAAGCCGAACGGCGAAGCAGCUCCCGUGUGGAACGUCGCCUUCCGCAAGUUCCCGACCGAAGAGCCCGCGAAGCAAGUCCUUAUCCGCAAAGCGCUCCUAGGCAUCCCGCCAGCAGUGUGGAGCAGCGCCAUCAUCGGGCGCGUCAGCUUCACAACCCUACACAAGUGCAAGCGGUGCUGGUCGCUCGACCACCCGGAUGGGCUUUGCCCCUUCCCGCGCCACACGCUAUGGCGUGGCCCGGCCUCGCGCGAGGCGUCUCGGAGGGCAGACGCGGAGGCCGAGGCCGAGGAGGAGGCCGUGGUCGCGGUCGCGGCCGCGGUCGUGGAAGUAGCGUCGCUUUCUAACCGUCCUGAAUUCUCCCCGUCCACUAUCUCCCGAAGCGGGCUGUCCGCACGUUACCUUCUCCUCGAUGUUGAUCAUCCGACUGCAUAG